UCCCCGCGCGGCGCAAUGCAGCCCCUCGCCCGCGCCGCCCCGGCGCGCCUCGCGUGGCUCGCGGCCGCGGCGCUGUGCUCGCAGGAGUCGCAGCCAGGUCCGCGCAGCAGGUCACGCCCGUGCAGAAGGUCGUCCAGCUGAUGGAAGGAGAAUGCUCGAGAAGGGGAAGAAAGAGAAGAAAGACGAGCAGGUCCAGUUCGCUGCCUUCAAGCAGUUCUGCGAGGACACGACCUCCGUCAAGCAGGCGGCAAUCGAAGAGGCCAGCGACAGGAUCGACACGCUGAAGGCAGACAUCGAGAAGUACAUCACGGACGCCGCGGGCCUGGCCAAGGAGAUGAUCCAGGACCACGACGCGGACAUCGCUGCGUGGACGGGUGACGUCAAGGCCGCGACCAUCGUGCGCGACCUGGAGAAGGCCGACUACGACAAGCUCCACAAAGACUAUUCUGAGUCCGUGGACGCACUCCAGAGGGCCAUCGAGGUGCUGAAGAAGCAGGCCUACAGCAGGAAACAGCCGCGGGCGGGCAUGGCCGCCGUGUGCGUGCACGUGGGGCAGGCGGGGUGCCAGCUGGCCCAGGCAGUGUGGCCCGUGCUGGCUCUCGAGAGGCCCGGCGUCCCGGAGCUCCACGCCCGCGCGCUCGAGUGCGUCCGCAAGCAGGUGGAGGGGUGCCACAGCGCCUGCCUCGGCAGCCUGCUCUUCCACUCGCUGGGCGGCGGGUCGGGCAGCGGGCUCGGGGCGCGGGUCGCCGAGGAGCUCCGGGACGCCUACGCGAAGCUGCCGCUGCUGGCCUGCUCGAUGCUGCCGAUGAAUCCAGCCCAGUCGUACAACGCCCUGCUCUCCCUGGCGGCCCUGCAGGAGCUCACCGACGGCGUCGUGCUCUACGAGAACGACCGGCUGAUGGCCGCCGCGGACGCGGUGUGCCAGCGGCCCAGCGCCGCUCCGCCCGCGACCAGUGCGGGGCCGGCCGUUGGCGAGGGCGCCUCGCUGGCCACCAUGAAUGGCGUCGUCGCCAGGGACCUUGCCCCGAUCCUCUGUCCGGCCACGAUGGCCGAGCCGCUCGACUUGGGCGACCUCGUGUCUGGCACGUGCCCGAUGCCGACCCACCGGUUCUUGCAGCUCUUCUCGGGUCGGACGGAGGGGGCGGUGGACGAAGGGAAGGGCAAGGGGGCAUGA